AUUUCAAAAUCAGUUUUUCCACUUUCAUUGGAGCUAUCAAAUCUUCCAAUUUUAGUAAAUUUACGAGAAAAUUGGCAUUUGGUCAACGGCAGACGUCUAAGCUCUGCCGUCUCCUUCUACUCGCCUCGUCUGUUAGUGUUAGGCCCACUUUCACCUCUGUUUGAGAAUUACCCCACUGCUUUACGCCGUCCGUGUCCAUACAUCCAUUGGCGAUGGCGAAUGCUCUUCCCAUUCCGAGCGAUUCCUACAAGUUAGGCUUCAUCGGAGCAGGCAAGUUGGCUGAGAGCAUUGCGAGAGGCGUUGUCAAGUCAGGCUUAUUGCCGCCUUCUCGUAUUCGAACUGCCCACACCGGCCCCGCUCGCCGAACUGCCUUCGAGUCAUUUGGUGUCACUGUGUAUGAGCAUAACAAGCAGGUUGUUGAAGAUAGUGAUGUGAUCAUAUUCUCUGUGAAGCCUCAAAUAGUUAAAGAGGUGGCAUCACAAGUUAAACCCAUUCUGACUGAGAAGCAACUUCUGGUGUCUGUUGCUGCAGGUGUCAAAUUAAAAGAUUUACAGGAAUGGGCAGGUAAUAGUAGAUUUAUUAGGGUGAUGCCAAACACUCCUGCAGCAGUUGGCGAGGCAGCUUCUGUGAUUAGCUUGGGGAGUGGCGCAACAAAAGAAGAUGGAGACCUGAUUUCAUUGUUGUUUGGAGCUAUUGGUAAAGUGUGGAAAGCUGAUGAGAAACUGUUUGAUGCAGUGACAGGUCUGAGCGGAAGUGGACCGGCUUAUAUAUAUUUAGCUAUAGAGGCAUUGGCCGAUGGAGGAGUGGCUGCUGGUCUUCCUCGAGACCUUGCACUCGGUCUAGCUUCUCAAACUGUACUAGGGGCAGCAUCCAUGGCAACCAAUGCAGGGAAGCACCCUGGUCAACUUAAAGAUGAUGUUACAUCACCAGGUGGGACUACCAUAGCUGGAGUUCAUGAGCUCGAGAAGGCUGGAUUUCGCGGGACAUUGAUGAAUGCUGUUGUAGCUGCAACAAAGCGCAGUCGAGAACUUUCUCCGAAUUAAUGCAACUUUUUUCUGCAUGCUCACAUACUAUCUGGCUUAGAAACUUAAAAACCUGCAAUCAGUUCUCUAUUUGACUGAUAAAUUGAGGCUCCAGGACCAUCUGUUUUGAGUAUCAAUCUCAUAUUUCUUAUUGAGCUAA